AUGAUUAACGACGAUUUCUCAUGGAAAAGCAUUUACAACUAUUACUAUCAGAAAGGACUGACUGUUUACAUCCUAGAGUGCCUCUUUAAAAUAAUAUCAUCAUUAGUUAUUGCGUUUACUCCAAUUUUAUUAUUCGGCUGUCUCAAUUGGGAGAAAAUGGAUUCAGCAAAGACGAUUUCUGAAAUUAUUUUACCAUUUCCUAAAGGAUGGAUGAACUCAAACAUCUUUUUCAAGAUUUCAUUCAUUUUGUUUUUGAUUUAUUCACUAAUAUUGAUUAUACAAUUUGUUUCAACUCUACCAUUGUUCAUUAGUCUCCAUAAGUACUAUUCUAAAAAACUCGGUUUAAGUGAUAAAGAUUUAAUAGUUAUCGAAUGGAAUGAAGUUGUAGAGUCAAUAAUAGUUUGUGAUCCACUCAAAAGUAUCUCUACACUAAGUAUUGCUCAGCAAAUUACUCGCGAAGACAAUUAUUUAGGCGGAAUGGUAGAAGAUCAAUCAGUUUUUACAUGGAGACUACCUUGGAAGAAAGAGAUGGAGCAGCUUCCUAUGAAUAGCUCAUUCUUUUACUUCCUUAAGAUGUCUUUACAAGGAACGAUUUUCAAUUCUGACGGUGUCCCUCUUAUUUGCGGCGUUCAGAACAUUCAAGCAGCACAGAAUCAGCAAAAACUCAAAUCUCGCUUCCGAAUUGUUGGUGUUUUAAUGAUUUUAAUAGCACCAUUCGCUUUAAUUUACGAAAUACUUAAUACUAUCUUCGCAUACAUCGAAUCAAUACGAGCAUCUCCUGAUGAUCUCUCUCUUCGUCAGCUUUCACCCAUUGUUAGGUUCAAAGCUCGUGAAUUUAAUGAACUUCCUCAUACUUUCGACAAAAGAGUGAUGAAAAGCUAUGAAUGGGCAGAUCUUUAUCUCGAUCAGUUCAACCAGAGUCCAUUAGUUCCUGUUAUGAGAACGUUUUCCUUCCUCGCUGGCUCAAUAAUCGCAAUUGUUUUCUUUGUUGGCAUAAUUUCUGACAUUCCAAAAGUUCUUGGUCUAGAAAUCUUUGGCGGCAAAACUAUUGCAUGGCUUAUUACUAUUCUUGCAUCAGUGUAUGCAGCCUGCAAGCCGCCAAGGCCACCAACGAAUAUGUACGGAUUAGGCCCUGAUGAAUUGUUUGUUGAACUCCAGAAACAUAUUCAUUUGGACUUAAGCGACAGUAGAAAUUCCCCUCAUUCAUGGGAAACGUACGAUAACGUUGAUAGAGCUUAUCCUCCAAUUUGGAAGCACGCAUUAAUCAAUAUCGCAAGCGUAAUCAUAAAUCCGUUCUUGUUUAUAGCAAUACUUCCUCUUAAGGCCUCAAGCAUCGUUGAAUUCGUCAGAAGAAAUUCAGUUGAAAAUUCUGAAAUCGGAUGGAUAUGCGCGCUUGGAGCAUUUGAGGAUCCACAAAGAUAUAGUGCUUCCCCUGAGCAUAGAGCUAGAUUAAAUAGAUCAAAUGCUGCUUAUGAUAGUAACAAAGUUCAGAUUCACCUUGAACCUAUCAGAGAAGACUCAAAUGACCUUCUUAAAUCUAUAUAUGGUCAGCCUGCUGAACAAACUCCUGAAAAAGAACCAAUGGGAGACGAGAAUUUGGUUGGAUUUGGAAUUGAUGCACUUUCUCCAAAUGAAUUUUAUGUUCCAGAGAAUGACGCAAUCCCUCCUCCACCUGAUAGCAUGGUUUGA